UACAGGCCACAUCAUGUCUACGGUCGUCAACGGGCAUCGGGACGAGGAUUCCACCCACACCCAUGGCCACACCCACCAGGGCCACACCCACCAGGGCCACAUUCACCAGGGCCGCACUCAUCAUGGCCACAUCCUGCCUAUGCUCAGCUUCAGUGCUUCAACACCCACGGAUGAGGAGAAUCCCUUGGAUACGAAUCCCGCGAUAGCCAUUGACACGCCUCUAUGGAGACAACCAGAGGAUGUCAUUGGCUCCUCGAUGGUGACGGAACCUCCUCCAAGGCUUGAACGACCCAGUAUGACUUCCACCACCAACACCGACACCCAGACGACGGCGGCGACAACGGUGACGACGACGCCCUACAUCGAC